UGCACAAAAACCCAAUCUAAACAAGCUUGGAUUAGAAUUUCAUACUUUUUCAACACGCAAAUGAUAAAAUACUCAGUCAGAUCGAAUUGUGCAUAAUAAGCCAUAGGUAUGCAGUGUUAAUAGCUUGUGUAAUCGAAUCCUCAUCAUGAAAACGGCAACGACCAUCAGUAACCAGAACACAUUUACUCGUAUUUCGCAUCAAGAAGAUCAAGAUGACGAAAAACACUAUGGUUGUAGGUUUGAAAUGCAAGAAGAAAAGCCUUCCUUAUUUCCCUCAAAACGACUUUUAAUAACCAUACUAUUUUCUCUAUCGAAUGUAAACCUAGUAUUCAUGAGAUACAACAUCAAUGUUGCUGUUAUCGAAAUGACAUCCUCGAAAACUUACGUCAUUGAUGGAAAUCUUAAUGUGGCACAGCCAGAGGAAUUUCUAUGGGAUACUAAAACGACUGGAUUAGUUUUGAGCCUCCUUUUCUAUGGUAAUUUACUAUCGUUUCUGAGUGGAUUCGUUAUAUCCAAAGUCGGAGGAUCGAAAAUGGCUGCAAUAUCGAUGAUCAUCUCUGGUAUCUUGACAUUUCUUCUACCAAUUGUAUUGCGUUAUAAUUUCUAUGCGUUUUUAUUCUGCCGUUUCCUGACUGGAAUUUUAGAAGGUUUCGCCGGCGCUGGUCUUACUGAGGCAUGUUCUCACUGGAUGCCAAAAAGUGAAAGAGGAACUCUGAUGUCGAUCUAUUUCAAUGGUUUUUACGUUGGAACAGCAGCUAUAUAUCCACUUUGCGGACUUCUGAUAUCGGUAUCGGGAUGGCCUAUGGUGUUUUACUUUACAGGUUUAACAAGCUUGCUGUUUUCAUUGCUUUGCCUCAUUCUGAUCCGAAAUCAUCCAUCAGAAGACAAAUGGAUUUCCAGAAAGGAACUAUCAUUCAUCCUUCAAGACAUUAACACAACAAGUAUAAAAAUGGUCACGACUUAUUCAACUUACAAACGCAUACUAACAUCUAUCCCAAUUUGGAUGCUCUUCAUAGUGAACUUUCUUUGUGGAUGGGUUGAUACUACAGUGUUGUCUAGCUUAGCCUUGUUUAUAAAAGACUCUACAGGGAAAAGUACUGAAGAAGUGGCGAUCCUUUCUUCGGUUCCUGGUGCUCUUGGUAUCUUGGCAUCUGCAUCGGGUGGCCCACUGAUGGAUUACUGGAAAAAUAACAGCAGUAUAGCCCUAACUCGGAUGCACAAAAUAAUAUUAGGUACUGCAUUCAUCAGUCAGAUGUUUUUAUUUAUGACUCAGACAUUCAUUCAAGACCUGAUAAUGACAAUCAUAAUUUUCGUUGCGAUUCGAUUAUUCUUGCCAUACAUUUUAAUCGUUAUGCAACUAAUCUCAAUUAAUAUAGCACCAAACCAUACUGGUCUUGUUGCGGGUUAUACAUCAUUGUGGUACGCAUUAGGUAUGAUUGCAUCACAAACGGUAGCAAGUUUUAUGACCAGCAAACAUAAAAUAGACGAAUGGAAUAACUAUUUUCUACUAACGGCUGGAAUUCUAUUGCUUGGCACAAUUCUAUUCACAUUGUACGGGUCUAGCGAACCUCAAUCAUGGUCAAUGUCACCCCAUUUUGAAGGAAAAAAAUCAAACUUGUCCGAUAAAAAGGAAACAGAAGGAGAAGCUUUGAACCAAUAACUUCAAUUAAAUACUCACACCCGGAUAAAUUAUCGAUUGGGACCCGUUUUUCAAUCAGUGGACAACUGACGAUCCUGAUUGGCAAUUAGCACUAUAAUCGGAAAUUCAUGUCCUCUACUUUUGAUUAAGUAUCUAGCAAUUGAAAAACCGGCCCUUAAUUAACUACAAACCGUUCCAAAACUCGAAUUAUUGACCAAUAGUAGCCGACACAAACAUUCCCUCUUCAUUUUUCACAUGUAAAAUUGCAUAAAUACUGUUUCAUAACGGCCAAUGAAUACAUAAAUAUUAAAUUUAUUAGGAAGAGAAAUAUGUGUAAUGUUGUUACUCGUAAAAAUAAACAGGACUAAAACAGAGAAUUUUUUCAGAAGUUCAACUCGUUGACAUCGUGGUUAUAUUUAAAUUAUAAGUUUUUAAAUCGA